UUAGGUUACAUGGUGGGACUGCCUACACCCUACAUCUGAAGGAGCACAAAAAAGGAAGCUGAAAAGGGAUUUUACAAUCUGCUUUAAAAGAAGACAAGAGCUGGAUUGUAUAAAACGUGUUUCAUUGCUGCUUUUUCUGCACACUGGAGAAGUUUUGUGCUGCAGAAAUUCAGUCUGGAUUAAGUCCUCUCUUCCCUUUUUUUCUGCGAGAGUGUCUGUAGUCUAUGCAAUGGCUGACCAAGGCAUCAGGAAUUCCCUCAGUGCCAACAAGAAAUUCCUCAGAAGCUUCCCUGGGGUGGUGAGACUAAUGCAACUUGCAACUGGUGCUGCAGUCUGGAUUGCGAUCGCCACCAGCAAUUUCAAUAACACUGUUCGCUUUGCUCUGUUUGUGUUCGUCUUCUUCUGGCUGGUCACUCUGCUCUUUUAUUUCAUCACCCUGCUGGAAAAACAGGAUCUUGUACCGUUAAUUGGAGGUGAGCGCUGGCUCCUCACGAACCUCAUCUAUGAUGUUUUGACCACUGCCUUUCACAUCGCAGCCACCGCCGUUAUAAUCGUUGCCAUCGAGAACCAAUCAUAUUGCAAUGUGGCGAAAUACCAGGGCCCCUGUUACUACAAGAUCUACGUGGUGGCAUCUACCUUUGCAUGUCUUUGCUGCUUGUGUUAUUUUUCCACCACCAUCUGGUUCUCCUGGAAGAAGUGUAAAGGAAACAAGAGCGUCAUUUAGAAAUUGCUGAAAGCUUGUCCCAGACAUUAGAGAAAAGCCUCCU